AUGACUGCAUCAGCUAAUACCGAAUUGCCUUCUGACUCGGAAUUGGUUGUUCCGCAGGAGCUUACGCUCUCUACACCUUGGCUUAAAGCUGUAGUUGUCUAUAUGGGUGCUAAAUGUGAAAAGGAAAUGAAUGAAUUCAUGCUUUUACGUCGAGAGUAUGGGAAUGACCCUCGAAAGGUGUUAAAAGAGGGUAGAGAAGUAACUGCAUGUGGUGUUAACUUUAUUAGGGAACUUCGCAGAAACUGUCUUAAAGAGGUGACUGACUACGCAAAAUGUUUGGAUGAUUGUCGUGGAGGUGAAAUGUUGAUACCUUAUUGUCGACGUCUUCAAUAUCCAUUAGACAUUUGUGUAGAAGAAAAAAUGGGCAUAAAACGUCCAACGGUUGGAUAUUUUAGUAAAUUGCAUGUACACGAAAGUCAGAAAGAACAGCCUCCAAGACCUGAAUAUCCGCGUAAUUAUCGUGAGGAAUUCUCUAAAGUGAUGGAUGAAUUGCCUGAAAAUUAUCCUAUUAAAUUAGACAAUUAUAAGAGAUACCGGCCAUAUUAUAAUACUUUUACCGAAAACGAUUAG